AUGAAAAUGUACUGGUUAUUCAUUCAGUUAAACAUUUUCAUUCGUGUGUUUUGGUUGGCUGUGAAUUUGGCUCCUGCAAUGGGGUUUGUUACCGGUCUGUGCUAUCUAGUAGCCUUGACAUUGGUUGGGGUGUACGCAUUGUUUAAAGUAAAGUUUCGAUACUGGAAAAAAAGGGGAAUUCCUCAUUUCGAGCCACGCAUACCAUAUGGAACUCUUUUCCGCAAUGGAAACAAGGAGCAACAUAUCACGGAAAAUUUGACAGAGAUUUAUGAAGCUUUCAAAGGAAAAACUCCUUUUGCAGGAGCUUACUUUUUCACGCAAGCUUUACCCAUUGCUGUUGACUUGGACUUCAUACAGUACGUAUUGGUGAAAGAUUUCAAACUAUUUAACGAUCGUGGUAUCUACUAUAAUCCCAAGUAUGAUCCACUCUCCCUUAACAUGUUUAACGUGAAGGGAAACCACUGGAAACGCUUGCGUACUAAACUUACCCCUACAUUUACAUCCGGAAAAAUGAAAUUUAUGUAUCCAACGAUAGUAGAAGUCGCGACUAGGUUUGAUCAGACGUUGAGCGAAGCAGUGAGAAUGGGUAGCGUUAUUGAAAUCAAGGAGCUCCUAGCGAGGUUCACGACCGAUGUUAUAGGAACCUGCGCGUUUGGUAUUGAGUGCAACAGCUUGAAAGAUCCGAAUGCUGAGUUCAGAAGAAUGGGACGGAAAUUCUUUGCUGAACCUCCACUGAGGACUUUCGGUCGAACGCUCGUUAAUCAGUUCCCGAAACUCAGUAUCGAACUUGGGAUUAAAACCACAAGUACCGAAGUUAGCUCAUUUUUUAUGGGCAUUGUGAAGGAGACACUGGAAUAUCGUGAAAAGAAUAAUAUUCGUCGCGAUGACUUCAUGGAUUUGCUUAUUCAGCUGAAAAGAUCGAGUACUGCCGAUAAUGAAUUUUCAGUGGUUGAUGUGGCUGCGCAGGCGUUUUUGUUCUUUCUGGCUGGAUUCGAGACUUCUUCCACAACAAUGACAUUCGCUCUGUACGAACUGGCGCUCGAUACUGAAAUUCAAGAUAAAGCCCGCAACGAAAUUAAUGAAGUUUUAAAAAAGCACAACGGAAAGUUUACGUACGAAGCUAUGAUGGAUAUGAAAUACUUGGAUUGUAUAAUAAACGAAACUCUUAGAAAACAUCCACCCGUUGUUGUUUUGAUGCGAGUUGCUGAGGAAGAUUAUCCUGUUCCGGGGACAGACAAAAUUGUGGAAAAAGGCCAGAGGAUUUUUAUACCCGCAUACAGCAUUCAUCACGAUCCAGACAUUUAUCCUAAUCCAGAAGUUUUUGACCCCAGCAGAUUUGAACCAGAGGAAAUUAAAAAACGCCACCCCAUGUCCUUCCUUGGUUUUGGCGAUGGUCCUAGAAAUUGUAUUGGGGCGCGAUUUGGUCAAAUGCAAACAAGAAUUGGUCUUGUCACGUUACUGCGAAGUUAUCGUUUCACUCCGUGUAAUAAAACACUGAUCCCAAUGAAAUAUUCACGCGUUUUUGUAUUGUCGCCAGAAGGCGGAAUGUAUUUGAAUGUGGAAAAGAUUAAUUAA